AUGUUGGCAGCCACUUCGGGAGAUGCGGGUGGUGGAACCCCUCUUUUGGGGGAUGAUGUCAUUUCUGUCAUCGCAGCCAUGAUGCACUCGGCGACGGUGCAAGAGGUGCGAGAGGCACUGCGGCAGGAUGGUGGCCUUGGCUGUCGAUGCCUUUUGACGGAUUUAUCGGCACCGGAGGCGAACGCGGAGGCGGAACAGCCACCGCCCUGCGGCAGCGGCACGGGCAUCGGCAGCCAAGCGACGACCUCACACCUGGCGGUGUGCGAGUUUGUGGAGCGUCACGCUGGGGAGGAGGAGGUGGCGGCGGGGCAUCACGUGGUGGCAACGCACGACGUGUCGGCAAUCCUCCAGCGACACGCGGAGGCCCCUCUCAGCCGCACUCCAUCGAUGCCCCCAAAUAGGGAUGGAGCAGCAGGCACGCCCGUGGGGACAAUGACGACCCCAGGGGCAGUGGCGGGGCCCACGGGGCCACAAUCAUUGCUGCCGGUGCCGUCUCUGCCGUUGCCACCCUCGUCGUCGCGGGAGAUGGUGCGCUGUGUCCUCCUCUCACGGCGUCACCCCACCAGUAGUUCCGAGGCAGCGGCGGCAAGGACAGGGCCUCUCACGUUGCGGCACCUUAACCUCCACGCAAUAGAGAUGCAGCAGCCACUAGAAGGCUUACAGACGCUUUUGGAGGGCGUGUAUGAACCACUUCUGCGAUCCAAACGUGAGGUCACACUGCGGUCGCAAAUGCAAGACUUGCUUAGUUCUAUCCGAUCGCACUGUCAAGUCCUGGCUGAGGUGGAUUUGAAGAUAUUUGUGCACGCCGAUCUCCUUGAGGUUUGUGCGGCGUACCCGGAAGCGGAUGUUGAGCAUUUGUUGGAGAUUCUUGGCCCUGAGGCGUGCACCGACUCCACUUUUUUGCUUCAGGUCAUGGCUCUUCGCAGCCAGUGCCGCGGCGUUUUGGAGACCAAAUUUGAGGGAAGGGAAAUUGUGAGCUCACGUGACGAGGUGGCGUACUGGCAGGCUGUGCUACGUUGGGUAGAACAGGUGCAAAAACAGCUCCAAAGUCGCGAGUGGCAGCUGGUGCAUCGCCUACUGGGCAAUCGCGUGGAAACGAGCUAUGAGGUGGAGUUUAGGAUGCAUGCAAAACUCGUCCGUGAAUACUUGACACACCUGAAGAGUGUGCCAUUCCAGCAGAUUGACGAGGUGGAGGAGGACGGCUACGCAGCGUUGGUGGAAGAGUUGUUUUUGGCCAUGGAGCGUCCGACAAAAUACCCGGCGUUGCAGCGUUUUCGUCUGCUGGAAAGUAUUGUGCGGGAGUUGGUGGAGCGGUUUGUGGCGGUUGCGUCUAAGAGUGACGUACUGCGCAUGGGCACCCCAGAGGCCCAGCUGCAAUGCCUGCGAAGGACGAUUCAUGUGCUGCAGGAUUUGCAUCAACGCUACCUGCAGACAGCUGAGUUGUUUUGCUCCGCGGGUCACCUACCGACGCCGCUGCCAUCCACGCGGGGCGGUACGCAGCAGCCGAAGCGUCAAGUCCUCGUCUUGGCACGCGCGCGGCAAUUGUGGGGAUUCGUGAAUGAACAUUUUCACUACGAGCGUGCCCUGCAACGGACCUUUGCUGACGGCGGUCUUGGGGCGCGCACGACGUGCUCGUUUCACGUGGAACUCACAGAGGCGUAUGAUCACUUUGCUGCCGCAACAGUGGAGCGUGGAUGCUUGUGGGAUAUUAGUUCAUCUGGCACCGCUGAGUUUCAGCGUGCGCUGGCGGCGUACGAGCGGCGCCUAGCAGACAUCGACGAGCGCCUCGCACUGCUGGUUGGCACCAUGCUGGCAACAGCGCAGGAGAUGAGCAGUACUGGUUCCUCUCUGACACCUGCCGCCUCCCCCACUGAGGCGGCAGCACCAGAUGCUGCUGCAGUAGGGGCAGCAGCAUCCAGGUACUCGGCAGAUACAGGGCCUGGCCCCUCGCUUUACCGCAUUUACUCCCGUUUCCGCCCACUACGGCGUGAAAAGGUGCAGGCUGUCGUGGCGGGGUUUCAGAUGGCAUUGCUAGAGCAAAUCAACCGCGAGAUGAAGGAAGUUCGGGAGCGCUACUUUGACGCAGACAGCUGCCGCGACGGUGUGCGGAUAACCGUCUCGCGCUUCGGUGUGACGUCUGUUGUGGGUCGCAUGUUGUGGGAGAGGUCUGUGCAGCAGGAGAUUGAGGCGUAUCUUGAGCGUCGAGACGCCAUCUAUGAGCACGGUUGGCACCAGCUGCUGCAUCUUCGCACCAUUGAGCACCACUGGUGCCUUGACGAGUCCCUUGCACAGUUCUUUGGGGUUCCACUACACGCUCUUACGACAAAGGAGCUUGAGGGGGACCUCGAUGUGUCUGGCACGGCGUACGCCCUGGCAUACCUUGACCUUGUCCACGGCAAGGAUGAGCCAAAGUGGUCCGCUGACCCACAUAUUCAGGCCGCACGGAUUUUUCUGCAGGAGUGUGACGCCUCUGCGAUUGAUUACGCAAAGUCGCGCCUGGUGCUUCUUCGCGUGGGGAGCGGCCGUGGGGUGGAGCAGAGUGAACUGCGAGACGUGCGCAACUUCUGUGAGAUCAUUUCACAACGAAUUCGAGAACGCGUUGUGCAGUGGUGUGAGGAUGUGCGGCGACGCAUUGCUGCACUUAACGUGUCCCCCGACACGAUGACGAUGAAAGGCCCCCUUUGGCACGUCGUCCAGCAGCCGCGUGGCCGUGGCCGCGGCCGCGGCGGCAUGAGUAUAAUUGCCAGCGUAGGCAAUGAUAAUGGGGGAACUGCUACUGGUGGCAUGCGACGCAUUGUCAUGCCGCAUAUUCCCCAGGAAAUGUUUGCGCUCUUGCAGGAUCUGCACAUGCUAGAAGGCAUGCAACUGCUUGAAAAUCACCUGCAGCUUGUUGCAGACGUGCGCUCCUUUUUUCUGCAUAACGAGGAACGCUUCCGCAUUGCUAACUGUCUUUCCGCGCUUAUCCAUGCAUUUGAGACCGCACUCGACGGGGAGGAUGAGAUGAUGGUCCAUCUUGCGACAGAGGAAUAUGCCAAGGUGCACCAGACAUUUCUUGAUGGGGCCCAGUUGCGGUGGUCAGACGAAGAACGGCUGCAACAAUACACGCAGGAGCUCUCCGACCGUGUCUACGCCUUCUGCGUUGCUGCGGCCCGCGUGCGUGAAGUCACGGCAGACAUGGAGCGCGGGGUUGCCCAGCUGCACAGUCGCGCCGUGCAAAAGGCGGAGGCGGUGGUGUGGCGGGUGGGGGAAAUGCACUCCCUCGUCAACGUCCUCUACGCGAAUUGCGCCAACGCAGGCUGGUGGGUGCGACGCCUGCAGCCGCGCCUGGACGCCGCUAUAGUCUGGCAGUUGGAGCAGCACCUCCGCCGCUGGUCGGAUGAGUUUUUUUCUAUGAGUCACGACCAGAGAUUUCUUGACAAGGGCGCCGAGACAGAGGAGUUUGGCCUGCGGCCGUUGCGUGUGCGCAUGCGGGUGGUGUUCAAGGAGAUUGCGCUGUCGUCACCGGCCGCCGCGUGCCGUCAUCACUGGCUGAACGAACUGAACCGCUCCUUCGCCUGGGUGCACACCCUGUCUACGCUGCGGCAGGACUACCCACACCAGUCACACCAGCAGCGGCAACCGUCUCCCUCGGCCCCGUACCAACAACCGCAGCAACAACAGCAAGUGCUUGCGGAGUGGAGCUCAAGUGCCUCGGCGCUAGCCACGUAUGAACGUGUAUUGGAGUGGCUUCCUCCGCAGUUCCUUGCGGAGCCGCUGCAGGCAAUUGAGAAAACCAUCCGGGACGCCGUCGAGGUGGAGGCACAGUGGCGUCGUGGUCAGCAGCUGUUAAACCUUGAGGUGGGGGUGCUGCAGCAGCGCCUCGGGGACGACCUUGAGAAGUGGGGAGAGGCGCUGCAGAAGAUUCGCGAGAUGGCAGGCAGCCUGAUGGAUUAUACGCAGCCCAGCACUCUCGUGGGCGGCAUCGUUAUUGUCGCGGAUGACGCACAGAAGGAGCUUGGCCGGAAGCUGGACAACUUGACGCAGUACAUUCAUUCACGGUACCGCGAUGUGGUGGAGAAGCGUCUAGAGUCGUGCUACCAUGGCGUCAUGGGGGCUCGCGCGGCGGCGGAGAACUGCAAUGUCAUCAACAACCUCGAGGACGCGGCCCGGUUUAUCUGCGAACUGCCGGAGAUCCGGGGAAAUAUGCAGGCGACGGAACGCCAAAUCGCCUCCCUUACGCCUGCUGAAGAUUAUUUGAGGCGGCAGGGUUUUGCACUGCCGGAUUCGUGGAUUUAUGUGCGGAAGCUCAAGACGGAGUACCGCGCCUACCACGAUCUUAUUGAGCGAAAGGUCAAAGCCUUGGAGUUUCGUCGCCCCUUUCUCUGUGAGAGCCUCAAGCCGCAGGAGGAGGAUCUUUCUCGCCAGAUUGACGAAGUAGAAGCGUCCCUGCACACUAUUGUCACAUGGGUGCAGGAUCAGGAGCAGGCGCAGCUGGAGGAGGUUUCAGACUCGGCCCAGCGACGCUUCAGUGAGAUGCAGGAAUGGGUCGCGCGACUGAAGGAGCAGCGAACACGACUCACUGCGCUGCAGGCGGCGCUCGGAGUCCCAAUCCUUGCGGAGACAAAGUUGGAGGCCAUCAUGGCGCGCAUGGAGGAGAUGCAGUGGGUGUGUGGCCACGUUGCACGGGCUUAUCAACGACUACAUGCGCUUGCACGAACGCCAUUCUCUGAAAUGGUACCACGGCAACUGCACGAGGAGCUCGUCGCGAUAGAUCGUGAGGUGCGAGAGUUCCCUGAAGGGGUUCGUACCCACCAGGCCUACAAUGAACUCCAGCUCUGCGUUGAAAGCCGACUUGCAUGUCGGCAGCUGAUGCAGGAACUACGCUCCGACGCCAUGACACCCUUGGAGCGCGCGGAGCGGCAUUGGAUGGCGCUGAAGUCGCAGUUGCACGCACCAUGGAAACUUGAGGCGUUGACCGUGGGCGACAUUUGGCGCAGCAAUCCCGUAGAGAACGCGAAGAUCUACCAUGACGUCUUGGAGUUCGCCCACGGUGAGCUUCGUUUAGAGUCACAACUCGGACACAUUAUUGGCUUCUGGAACACGUUUGCGUUCAACACAAUGGUGUACCGGCAUCAGUUUGUGCUUGUCCGUGGAUGGGACGUCGUCUUUGAGCGACUCUCGGAUGAUCUUGACUCCUUCCAGGGCCUCCGCUCCAGCCCCUUCUUCUCCUCGCAGCACGUCAUUGCCAUGGUGGCGGACUGGGAUACUCGUCUGCAGCUACUCUUGCGGACGCUGGAGGUGCUCAUGGUGGUGCAACGGCGGUGGGUUCAUCUCGACAGCAUUUUCACCGGUAACGCCGACAUCCGCCGGCAGUUGUCGAAGGACGCAAUACAGUUUGAUCGGGCGACUCGUGAGUUCAUGAAACUCAUGCCCGCAAAGGCGAGCCUUGGUGCUGCGCCUGUACUGAAGGCGCAGGACUUUCUUCAAGACAAAAAGCUUCUAACCUCGCUGGAACGGCUUGAGGGACAGCUUUCCCGGGUGCAGAGGGCGCUGAGUACAUACUUGGACCUGCAACGGCGUCAAUUCCCGCGGCUCUUCUUUGUGGGCGAUGAUGACCUGCUGGAGACCCUUGGAAACAGCAGCAACCCAACUCUCAUUGAGAAGCACUUGCCCAAGAUGUUUACUGCCCUAGCCCGAUUUAUUAUUGGCGGAGAUGAGAGCGAAGGUGACGGAGCUAAGGACGGCGAUUCUGCGGCACCGAUUCAAGUUAUGGGGUUUGCGAGUGCUGAGGGAGAAAAGGUGAUGCUGGAGCGGCCGGUAGCGUUGAAGGAUCGUCCGCUGCAUGACUGGCUGGCUGAGGUGGAGGCCUCUAUGGUGACCUCCCUCUGUCGGCUGACACGGUCAGCCGUGGAAUCGUUAACAUCCAGUGGAAAGGUGACGACGGCGUGGAUCACCUCGUUUCCGCUGCAGGUCGUCUGCCUUGCCUUUCAGGUGUGGUGGGUGCGGCUGCAGGAGCAAACCUUCCUGGCAUGGCAAAGGCAGGGACGGACCGGUAAGAAGGAGCCCUCGAUGGCUGUGGCUCACAUGGUGUCUCUGCUCGACCGUCUCGCUGUGGAUGGCAUAUUGCCGGGCACGACGCUGGCUUUGCGCCACGGUAUGGAGGAACUCAUCACUCUCGCCGUGUAUCAGCGCGAUGUCUCGCGUGUGAUUGACUCAAGGCAAAUCCUCUCCGCUGAUGAGUUUGAGUGGCUACGUGUCCUGCGGUUGUACCUAGGCAAGGAUGGCGCCGAGUUGCAGUGCCAGAUGGCUGACACCUCUUUCCGUCACGGCUUUGAGUACCUUGGAUGGCACCAGCGCCUUGUGCAAACCACCCUCACCGACCGCUGCUACCUCACCAUGACGCAGGCACUGCACGCACGCCUUGGUGGCUCGCCUGUGGGUCCUGCCGGCUCUGGGAAAACGGAAACGGUGAAGGCGCUGGGCACGCAACUCGGCCGGCACGUGUUAGUGUUUAAUUGCGAUGACACCUUUGACUUUGACGCCGUUGGUCGUAUUUUACUUGGCCUCUGCCAGGUGGGCGCGUGGGGCUGCUUUGAUGAGUUCAACCGACUAGAGGAGCGUGUGCUGUCAGCGGUGUCGCAGCAGAUUCAGACCAUCCAGGAGGCCCUUCGAACAGAAUCUGACACUGUCACGCUCGCACAGCAGACUGUGCCACUGCGGGAAAGUGUGGCGUUGUUUAUCACCAUGAAUCCGGGCUUUGCUGGCCGCUCAAACCUGCCGGGGAACCUUAAGCAACUGUUCCGCACCAUGACAAUGGCGGCCCCCGACCGUGAGACCAUCGCGGAGGUCAUGUUGUUUGCCCAGGGGUUUCGCACGGCGGAGGCGCUGUCGCGGAAGAUUGCUCCGCUCUUUCACUUGUGUUCGGAAAAGCUUUCCCAGCAGGCGCACUACGACUUUGGGCUACGCGCUCUGAAGUCUGUUCUUCUGACGGCAGGCGAUCUCAGACGCUCUUCGCGCGAGGACGCCGUCACGAACCCCAGCGCCCCUCCCAUGGACGUGAACCUUGAGGAAGCGGAGGGGGAAAUUAUGUUGCAAAGCCUCAUCAGCAGCAUUACACCGCGUCUCGUCACGGAGGACGUGGCACUCUUCUACCCUUUGUUGCGGGACUUCUUUCGAGGUCUUCAGUUUCCUGGCGCGGCCAUGACGGCAUUGCGUGUGGCCAUUGACGACGUAUGUCGCGAGACUCACUACGUUGCAACACCAGCGUGGGUCGAGAAGGUUUGUCAGCUGUAUCACACACGCAAGAUGCGGCAUGGCCUCAUUUUAGUUGGACCAAGUGGGACAGGCAAAACGGCCUGCUGGAAGACGCUGCUGCGUGCCAUGGCGCGACUCACCGUGGUAGACAGUGAUGCACAUGAUGGUGGUGGCGGCAGUCCUACCGAGGAAGGCGUUCCUAAAAGUGGUCCACUGGAGGCGCAUGCCUACUUGAUUGACCCCAAGGCGAUGAGCAAGGCAGAGCUUUUUGGCGUCUUUGAGGCAACCACGCGGGAGUGGAAGGACGGCGUCUUCACGGAGAUCCUGCGCCGCAUCGUUACAAAUGAGAUGGGCGACGAUCGCUCACGACAGCAGCAUUGGAUUAUCUUUGACGGUGACGUGGACCCGCACUGGGUGGAGAACCUCAACUCCCUGCUCGAUGACAAUAAGGUCUACACCCUGCCAAACGGCGAGCGGCUUAGCCUCCCGCCAUCGGUGCGCAUUGUGUUUGAGGUCCAAGACCUGCGCUGUGCGACGCCGGCCACGGUGUCGCGUUGUGGCAUGAUUUGGUUCAAUCGUGGUACCGUUCCAGUCUCCAGCGUGCUCAGCCGCCACUUCGGGGCCUUCUACCGUGUUCCGUUGAUUGAUGGGCAAGGCAAAAGGCGGCUCAACUUUCUGACUGGCGACAGCGAGGAACACAAGACACGGUCCGGUGGGAAUUACUUUAUGGUCCCGCGCAGAGGUGGCGAGCGGGGAGGGAUGUUGUUUGACGUGUCUAAGGAGGCACAGGCUCCAGCCACAGCAAUUGAGGGCGACAAUCCCAGUCCUACAAGUAAUUUGACUAUCAGCACAGUGGAGGAGUCCUUUGCCCUUGGCGACGGCGGCAGCCGGAGGGAGACGUCUUUGUGGUGCUCGAACGCCCUCACCGACACUUGUCGCGAGGUAAUGCAGCUACAGAUGGUGAUGGCAAAUGUGUGGGGGCCCGCUUUUGCCAAAGGCGGCCUACUGGAACGUGCCAUUCAGCUCAUCCACAGUGAAGAGUAUUGGAAGCGGGGGAUUAUGGAGCACAGUGACCUCCAAAUGCUGCGCAGCGUACAGUCAUUUUUGCUUGAUGGAAUUUCGCGCAUGUGGAAGCUGCGCGAGCAGCGGGCGAAACUGCCCAUGGUGAACGUACUGCAAGCAUAUGCGGCGAAUGUGCUUCUCUACGCUGUGCUCUGGGGCUUCACUGCUUCACUAAGCCAUGAACUCCGUAGACGCUGGGCGGAUGACUUGUCGCUCGCUCUGGGAACCGCGUCCGACGGAGGUUUGGCGGGGACGCUUUCACUGCUCGACGUUCAGCCGGAUCCCUUGACUGGGGCGUGGAGUGCCUUCCGCGAGCGUGUGCGGGACACCGCCAUUGCAGCAGAGCAGUUGGGGGCAAACGACGUGAUCAUUCCAACGGUUGACACGUGCCGUCACGAGGAGGUGUUGCGGGCGUGGAUCAACGGUGGGAACACGGCGAUUCUUUGUGGACCGCCUGGCUCCGGUAAGACGAUGUUGAUUGCAUCGCUGCUGCAGCAGUCUUCCGAAUACGACGCCGUAUUUCUCAACUUUUCGAGUGGAACGAAGCCGAAAAACAUUAUUCGAGCCUUGGAGCAGUACUGCAGCGUACAAAACACGGCACGUGGUCCCGUGAUGUCUCCCACUGGCGGCAAAGGGCUGUUGCUGUUCUGCGACGAGAUUAACCUUCCGGCGAUGGAUCAGUACGGAACGCAGCCCGUUGUGCAGCUGCUGCGUCAAUUAAUUCAACGACGCGGCUACUACCGCAGUCGCGACAAUGCAUGGAUCAACGUCGAGGGAGUUCAGGUGAUUGGUGCCUGUAAUCCACCCACCGACGCGGGACGCGUGUCGCUUUCCCAACGCUUCUUGCGCUUGGCACCCGUGUUGUUUGUGGACUUUCCUACAAAGGAAAGCCUCCACAUGAUCUACGCGGCCUACUGCCGUGCGGUGCUUGUCUUGAACAGUCGGUUGCAGCGGUCGCACGCGGAGAAGUUGUCGUGUGCGAUGGUCGAAGUGUACACGGCCACGCAGGCCCACUUUACCUCGUGGCGCCAACCACACUACGUCUAUUCCCCGCGCGAUCUCUCGCGCUGGACGCGCGCCGUCUACAACGCCCUCCUGACGUGGGACGAGCCCGAGCGGCGCGCGCUGCGUGCAGAGGGACUUGUGCGUCUUUCCGUACACGAAGGACUACGCGUCUUUCGGGACCGCCUGGUGGAAGACGAGGAGCGGGAUUGGACAGACGCCACCAUGGAUCGCGCCUUCCUCACGCAUUUCCCUGAAAUCGCGGCGGCGGCGGCGUUGCCCCCGCCAUCUCUGCGGCGUCCCGUGUUGUACUCCACAAUUCUGCGACGCUCGUAUUCAGAGAGCGCGCGGGAUGUAUUGCGUGCGUACAUUGAGCAUAAGCUGGAGGUGUUCUGCGAGGAGGAGGUGGACACCACACUUGUCGUCCACGACGCGGUGAUCGACCACGUCACACGCAUCAAUCGUGUUCUGCAGCAGCCGUUGGGCCACAUGUUGAUCGCGGGCGCGUCCGGUGUGGGCAAAACGAUCACCGCACGACUUGUCGCGUGGAUGAACGGCAUGGCGCUGGUUCGCCUCGGGGUUCACCGCAACUAUCAACUCGACGACUACGAAAGGGACCUACGUGACAUACUUCGACGCGCCGGGUGCAAGCUGGAGCGCGUCUGCUUUCUCUUUGACGACAGCAACAUCAUGGAGGCGAGCUUCUUGGAGUACAUGAACGCCCUCCUGGCCUCAGGGGAGGUACCAGGCCUGUUUGAGGGCGAGGAGUGGGGGAAACUCAUGGAGGAAAUACGCGAGAGCGUGGUGGCGCAGCAACUCCUCAAGGCAAGCGGCAAACCGCAGAAGUUGCCCCAGCUGGAGGACGACGACGAUGAUGCACAGACGCAGCACGACCACCAGCCGCUGCCGCCGCCGGCGUCCACGUUGCCUUUGCCCAGCGGCAAAAUCAAGCACGCCGCCACGGGCAGUGGCGCCACGACGGCUCCGCAACAAGAGGCGCUCGACACGAUGGUUUCCGCCGCGUACGUCGACACCACAUCCGAGCAGGAGCUGUACCGCUGGUUCCUUGGAAACGUGAAGCGCAACCUCCACGUCAUCUUCACGAUUGAUCCCUCCGCCGGGGAAUUUGCAGGUCGUGCUGUGGCGAGCCCGGCGCUCUUCAACCGUUGCACCAUCGACUGGUUUGGCGAGUGGGACCGCCACACACGCUACCAGGUCACACGCCAACUCACUGAACCGAUUGAUAUCAUGUUCUCUUGCGGGAACACGUUCCUGAAACGCGAGAGUGAGGCCCGUGAUGCGCUGGCAGACGCACUCUGCGGCAUUCACGAAAUCGCAGACGAGGUGAAUCGGGUUGUGCGACUGCAGAACGCGCAACAUGGGACAUUUAUAACGCCGCGCCACUUUGCCGAUUGCGUACGUCAGCUUCAGUUGCUGUACGAGGAGAAAAAAGGCGGAUCGAAGGAGCAGGUGCUGCACUUGCGCAGCGGCCUCGCCAAGCUGGAUGCGGCGUCCGAUGAGGUUGAGCAGCAGCAAGCCAAACUUCACGAGCAUGAAGCCGUGUUGGCAACAAACAGUACCAAGGCGCAGAUGAUGCUCGAUCGCAUUGUCACAGACACGGAAACGACGAAGCGGGAGAAGCAGGCGGCUGAGCGCCUGCGCCAGCAGCUGCAGGAGGAGGAGGAGCUCAUCGUCGCCGACAAGGCGCAGGUGCAACAGCAGCUGUCAGAGGCGGAACCCGCGCUGCGGGAGGCGGAGAUUGCGCUCAACACCAUUCGACCAGAGUACCUCCGCGAGAUUCGUGCCUACACGACCCCACCACAGAUGGUGCAGCGGGUGUUGGAGGCCGUGCUUGCUGUGAUGGGAGAAAAACGGGCGGAUGAGUGGGACGUCAUCAAGCACCACAUCCGUCGCGAUGAUUUUCUCGCGGGGGUGAAGGCCUUUGAGCCGCGCAGCAUCACGGAGGAGGCGCGUCUGACGGUGCGCCAGAUGUUGCAGGAGGAGGACUUCACGUACGGGGCGGCACAGCGUGCCUCUAAGGCGGCUGGUCCGCUGCUGCAGUGGGUGGGGGCGCAGGUGAAGUACGCGGAGAUAUUAACCGCGAUGGAGCCGUUGCGAACUCGCAUCGAUCACCUCACGGAGGCCCACAGCGCCAAACACGCCCAACUUCAGCGCACCGAGGCGGAGAUAGCGGCAAUGGAGGCGUCACUCCUGCAGCUCAAGGAGGGAUACCAAGAGGUGACGGAGGAGAUUGCAGGAAUCAAAAACACGAUGAGUGGAGUCGCCGCCCGCUGCGAACGCGCCACAAAGUUGCUGCGGCAAUUGUUUGAUGAACGCGGACGGUGGGAAACGGAGGCUCUGGGCUUUGACUCCGAGGUGCGUACAAUUUUGGGCGACUGCACCCUUGCCGCCGCGUCGUUGGCGUACUUUGGCUACUUUGACGAGCAUACGCGGCAGUCGCUACUCCUUCCGCGUUGGCGUCGCUGCCUGCAGCAGAUGCAAAUUCCUUUUCGAGAAGAACUUCGCAAUGCUAUGGAGUACCUUGUGACGCCGCAGGAGCGACUAUCGUGGGAGCUGCACGGGCUGCCGAAGGAUCAUCUCUGCAUCGAGAAUGCAAUGAUUCUUAGUCGUUGCCAACGUUACCCGUUUAUUAUUGAUCCGAAUGGUGUUGCGGUGUCAUUUCUUUUGCAACAACAUGCGACGGAUAAAAUCCACACAACAAGCUUCAGCAAAACGGGUUAUCUGAAGCAGCUGGACAUGGCUGUGCGAUUUGGUUACCCCAUUCUUAUGCAGGAUGCAGAGUUCAUUGACCCAGCGCUCAAUUCGCUUAUUAAUAAAGAAAUCCAUCGCGUGCAGGGUCAUGCCUUGACGCGGCUGGGGGCACAAGACGUGGAAAUGGCAGCGGCGUUUCGUCUGUUUCUCGUGACGCGUGACUCGCACUAUCAGCCGUCACCCGGCAUGGCUGGUCAGGUUUGCCUCGUCAACUUCACCGUGACACAGUCCUCGCUACAGUCGCAGUGCCGACACCGCGUCAUGCUGCAUGAGCACUCCGAAUUGGAUGUUCGGCGGGCGCACAUUUUGCGUGCUCAGGGUGAGUACCAGCUGAGACUGCGGGUGUUGGAACAAGAGCUGCUCACCUCCAUCGCACGCAGCGAGGGUAGCCUGCUAGAGAAUGACUCCCUAACCGUCGUCCUGGAGCGUCUGAAAGGAGAGACCGAGUCGCUGAAGGCUGGCAUUGCAGAGAGCGAGGCAUCGAUGCAGGUCAUUACUGAGGUUGAGGCGCAGUACCAACCCAUUGCAGCAGCAGUGGCAAAAAUUUACUUUGCCUUGCGUCGUUUCUCACAGCUGCAUUGGUUGUAUCAGUUCAACGUGGAAUUUAUCUUUCGCAUUCUCGCGGACGCCUUGGCACUCCUACCUGCACGUUCUGCGGAUGUUGGCGGGGUUGAGGAGCGAGACGAGGACGCGGCACGUCUGCAAGUGCUCACCCGUGAGGUGUUCAACCUCGUUCACCAACGUGUGCGGCGCGGGAUCUUUGCAGAGGACCAUCUCGUGCUCGCCAUUCUGCUCGGAAAGCUGCGUAGUGGCAUUGACGACCGCGUGGGACGCCAAAUCACUCUGGAGGAAUGGAGCUGGUUUGAAGACGCGUUGCACGACCCUGCCAAGGAUGAAGCUGGUGUGACGGCUGCCGUUGCUGGUCCGGGCGGUGCCUCGCACGCGAUACCCGUUAUUCUGCGCGAGUGCGGUGUGUGUGUGCCGGCGUCGGAGUUUGCCCUGGCGGCAUUGCUGCAACGGCCGCUGUUUGCAGAGGUGCGGGCGUCACUGCAGAAUCCGCAACACGGGGCGGCCUGGCGGCGGUACUUGGAGUCCGCCGCACCGUACGCUGAGGUCAUGCCGGCGUUCCAGGCCGCCGCUGCCAAGGAAAACAGUCGCGUCAGUCAUAGUGGUUCUCGGGAGCACACGCGUCGUGCAUUCCUUGCCGCCUUUUUCCUGCUUUACACACGCCGGGAUGCGUUUGCGCCGGCCGUCCGGGAAUUUCUGCAACGCUUCUUCGACGAGGAGCCUCCGAGCGUUCAUCCCGACAACAAAAUCGGCUGCGGCUCCUUUUUCACGGCGGAGGCCCCUGAUCUCGCCGCGGUGCAGGCGGAGCUCUCCAACAGCACGCCACUCAUCCUCGUGGCAAACGCUGGCAGCGACCCAACGUUGAUGUUGGAGACGCUGGCCCGUGCCCUGGACGUGACCCUGCGGGUCGCUGUGAUGGGCAGCGCCACGGGCCUUGACAUGGCGGAGCGGUACCUGACAGACGCCAUGGCAGAGGGAACCUGGGUGCUGCUGAAGAACAUCCACCUCGCGCGGACCUACGCCGAUGCGACGGAAAAGUGGCUGCAUCGUGAGCUGUCGGAGGGUCGACUACAUCGCAACUUUCGUCUUGUGCUCUCCAUUGAGGCUGCCCCGGGCAUUCGCUGCCGCAGCGGAUGCGGCGGGGACUUUGACGCGGGCAGAAGUAAUGCUAGUGGUAACGAUGGUGGUAAACGCGCUGAGGAAGCGUUGGAGGAGCUUCCUGUGAGCCUUGUAGAGGCAUCGGUGGUGCUGGUUUACGAACCUCCGCCAGGGAUGAAGUCAUCCUUGUUGCAGACCGUAGGAGCGUUGAAGCCGCACUCCAGCUGCGCCAAGCAGCCUGCGGACAUCCAACGCAUCUAUCUUGCUGCCGCCUGGCUGCAUGCGGUGGUGAUGGAGCGGCUGCUGUACAUUCCCAUGGGGUGGAGUUCACGGUACGAAUUUACUGAUACCGAGUUCUGGCGCAUCUUGCAGGCUGUGGACAGUUGGGUGGGAACUGCUGUGAGAAGUGGUGGUCGUGGCGGCGGCGAAAGGGUUGACCGCGACCGUGUUUCAUGGCCCGCACUGCAAACAAUUGUUGGUACAACGUUGUACGGUGGCAAAAUCACCAACGAGUUUGAUCAGCUACUGCUGGAUUGCCUCUGUUCGCAACUCAUGAGCAAGGCCGUCUUCGACGAUGAUCGCCUGUUUGCCUUGACUGACGACGAAGAACUUAACGCGCGUCUCAUGUGGCGCUCGAUUCAAUCUCUGCAGGAUGUGCAGGCGUGGGUGCGAGCGCUGCCGGAUGCAGAGACGCCGCUGUGGGCACGUCUUCCCGCCAGCGCUUCACGCGUGGUGUCGGCGCAGCACGCCGUUGCGACAAUAGAGCGGCUGGCCCUCGUGAGACUGAUCGAAGAGGGGGACAAUGAAGUCGCGGCUCACGACGAUGCCGAGGCGGGCCAUGAGCUGCACGCCGCGCCGCGCAGCAUUGGUGAGACCCACUGGGGGCAGCAAAUUCAACGCUUCUGCCGUGUGUGGCAUAGCGCGCUCAACGGAUUGGGAAACAUGAAGCCGCGACAAACUCCCGUGACAAGCUCGCUUUCGUUUGUGGCAGAGGAGACUGCGACGGGCGGCGACGCAAGCGUGGAGCCCACGGCAAUGGCUAUAGAGCGAGAGUACAGCUUUGCGCUGGAUCGCCGACGAGAAAUUCUUGAAGACCUUGCGGCAUUGGAGGAGAUCUGUGCAGGGUCACGAAGCCCAACGGCAACACAGCGUGGAUUAAUGGACCAUGUGCUGCGCGAUCAAGUGCCCCCACACUGGGCCCGCUCCUACCACACAUUUCCAACUACGGCAGACCAGUGGAUGUCGGACUUCAUGAGCCGCGUUGCCCACGUGCAAGCGAUGCAUGAGGCUGUACGGCAGAAUACAUUUGAAACAACAUGCCUUUCUCUCGGUCUCCUCUUCUGGCCUGGGGCGUUUCUUACGGCGACGAAGCAGCAGGCUGCUCGCCGGCAGCAUCGCUCGCUCGAACAGCUGCAGCUGCGACUAGAGCUCAUGUCAGAAGACGCGACACAGGCCCACGCCGCGAGCAACAGAGAAGAGCCUCAGGUGUGGCAUCUCGUCGGUCUCACACUUUACUCCGCCCGCCUUGUAGCAAAUUGUGGCAAGUGUGAACUUCUCCCAGCCACCUCUGGCACCUCCUCCGCACCCAUCGGCGCUCUGCUUCACUGGGAACCGGUCCCUGCACCAGCAGCGGACGGAGCUGCCCCGCUGGCGUCGAAGUCAUCCCUGUUGAUGCGAUUGUUGUCGCAAAACCCGGCGCAUGGACGCUUCGCAACGCCGUUUUACAUGAACCCGCGCCGUGAUACGAUGCUCGAAGUGGUGGAGAUCGCGGUGGACCCCGUCAGGUCGCCGAUGCGGGCGUGGUACGAGCGCGGCGUGUGCCUCGUCGCCUGCUCCCUGGCGGAACGUUGA